AUGGGGAUCAACAAGCGGGGAGUUCUGAGAGGAAAAUGCAGUGAGAGUGAGUGUGAGUGCGAGGAGUUUGAAAGUGUCUGCAGCAUUGUUUGUGAGUACUGUGGCCACCCACCAGUCAAACAUGAGAAGCAUAGUGAUAUCUCUCACCACCAGCUAAGAAAAUAGUUGUGUCAGUUUCCAAUGACAUAACACAACCACUCGCCAACUCUACAUGGGUAACCUUCGAUCCUGCAACACCAGAUCCUGAUGUAUCACAAGAUUCUGGUUUUUCAGAGCAAGGCUGCAACUCAGCACAGGCAGUUUCCGAUUCUCUGGUACCAGCUGGCUUGUCAGAGGAGUUUCCCGAUUCAUCUUAUUCACCUUCCGAUCCUGUAGUACCCACUAUUGAUUCCACAGCUGCAGUCUCUAAUUCGUUAACCAUAGAAAGUGUCAAUCCACAAACCUCAUCAGAGUACCCCUUGGCAGCGAAAAACGUGAUAUCUUUUCUGAAAAAUGUUGCAAAAGAGGAGGGAGACUUGUCAAGCCCGGUCUUAAGAUACCAUUUGUCAAUCACAGAAGAAGAAAAACUGAAGGUUACUUGUAAAGUAUGUAAAAAGAUUUCUUGGUUGGCAACAUAAAGCACUCUCGUGUACAGCCGUGAGCACCAACUACAGCUUGCAAUCCCGCAGAAUGAAGAGCAUUACCUUACCUCCAUUACAGCUUGUUUCCAUGAAAUUGAUCAAGCAUUUCCACACGUAUUCGUCUUGACACAAAGGAGCAUUUGCCGUGUGAAAUACCAAUAUAUAUGGUUGAGUGGCCAAAGAAAUCCUUUUGAUAAUGCCAAGCAACAUGUUGAAAGCAAAGCACAGAAAACAAAGAUGCAUGGAAGCUCGAUGGUAAGCAGCAAAGAUAUUUCUUCGUAUUUCCAAGCACCUCUGCAGAAGGAGCCAGUAAGUGACAAGAAGCCUUCAUUUAAGCCUCGUCUAAGCUGUCAUUAUGACAUGGGUUCUAUUACAAAGACUACGCUUUAACAAUAACAGGAGAAAACAUGAAGACAAAGCCAAAGUUGUUGCUUAAUGAUACUAAACCUGGAACAGAUGAGGAACAGACAAUCGUGGUAUCCAGAGCCGUUCUACUGUUUCGUAAAAAAUGACGAUUCCAGUGGUUUGUCAUCGGAAAUUGGCGGAACUUUUCGCAGUUCACAGUGCAAACGUGUUUCCUGUAAGUUUAUUAAUGCUGAUUGAAUAUGUUCUAGCUCUGCAAACAUUCCAAACUUGCCUUCGUUUUGAAAGCACCUUCCUUUAUGGAUUAAGAAAACAGCAGAUACUGGUGAACAAAACCUACGUUCCGUUAGAAAUGAAUAUCUGACAAGUGAAGAAAUCGUUGAGAAAGUAACAGAACAGAGAGCAAAACUAGACAGCUUAGAGUCAAAUCUGUUUUUCGAAACCUCCAGGAAUUUGCAACUCAAGAUGCGUCUAAGAAAUCUGAAAGAAAAGCUAGAAGAGUAUGCUAAA